CUACGUAGAGCCGUGUGCCCAGUGCACGCUUGACCACGUUGCUAGAGGUAUCUUCUCUGCCCUUCACUGCUUAACAGGAUUUGCAAAACCUUGGACUGCUUCUUUUCACGAUGCCUAACUGUCCGAAGUGCAAUAAAGUCGUUUAUUUCGCUGAACGAAAAACUUCUCUGGGUAAAGAUUGGCACGGUCCAUGCCUCCGGUGUGAAAAAUGUAACAAAACAUUGACACCAGGUGGACAUUCGGAACACGAGGGAAAACCCUACUGCAAUCAACCAUGCUACGCGGCUUUAUUUGGACCUGGCGGAUUCGGACGAGGCGGUGCUGAAAGCUAUGUAUACAAUAAGUGACAUAUAGUAAUUAAUUUGAAUACGGAUGGACUGGACGACGACAAUCACUCACAAUUCAAAUUUGUGUUAAAGAAUUGAAUAUUUUUUUCAAAUAAAUCCUAUAUUUUCAUUC